AUGGCACUACUGCUGCUGGUGGUGGUGCCGGUGCUGGUGCUGCUGACGACGGACGAGGUCGUCGUCGCCGUCAUCACGGUCGCCGAGAUCACUCUCGCCGCGAUCGUCAUCGAGGUUGAGGUCGAGGUCGAGGUCAAGGUCGGCCCGGUCAGCCCGCUUGCGCUGCCCGAGUGGGAGCCGUUUGCGUUGGAGGACUCGCGGGCGGCGGCGGUCAAGGUGGCCAAGCGGCUGGUGCGACGCAUCAUCCGGGUCUGCCGGUCAAACGGCAUCGCGUACACCGACACUGAGUUUGAGGUGGGCGAGGCGAGCGCGGGGUGGGAGCGGUUGGGACGGAUGGCGGAGAGCUCGGUGCGGCUGAUGCUCAACGGGUGUGCGCCGAGCGAUGUGGUCCAGGGCUCGCUCGGGACAUGCUACCUCGUCGGAUCGCUAGCGUCACUAGCGGCGUCGCAUCCCGAGGCUGCGGCGGCAAUGGUAGUCAAGUACGAUACCGAGCUCGGUGUAUAUGGUCUGGUCCUGUUCAAGAAUGGACAGUGGGUCCCGGUGGUGGUUGACGACUACGUGCCGAUGGUUGAGGCGGGCGGCGAGCGGUGGCAGGCGUACUCGCGGUGCUCGAACCCACGUGAGAUCUGGGUUUCACUGGUGGAAAAGGCGUACGCCAAGGUCCACGGCGGGUACCCGCAGAUCGAGGGCGGGAAGGAGACGUCUGCGCUCGUCGAUAUGACCGCCGGCAUCCCGUUCCGGGUCAACUUGCGGUCGUCCAAGUGGAUGGCGGUUCUUUUUGGCUCACCCAAAGCGCGAUCUGCGUUCCGAGCCUCGCUCUCGCUUUCAGCGUCGGGCUCGAUCGGUGUUCUCGAUGGUGACGAGUGCGGAGGUGCGCACGAGGCCGAGGGUGGGGCGGCGUCAGACGCGCCGCAUCUACUGCUGUGGGCCUACAUGCGGCGCAAGCUCGACGAGAGAUAUGCGCUGUCGGCCUAUGUCGCGGCCGAGCAGGACGCGGCGGGGACGGUGCUGCAGGAUGGCUCCGGCCUCGUCACCGGGCACGCGUACGCGGUCCUGGGCUGCGCAGAGAUCUGUGACGAGAGUGCUGUCGGGGUGGGCAUGUUGCGACUGGUGCGGAUGCGGAAUCCGUGGGGCGGGCAUGAGUACACCGGCCCGUACUCGGCGGUCUCGCCGAUGUGGACGCCUGCGCUGCGGCGGGCGGCGGGCUUUGCGCUAGGUGGCAACGGCACGUUCUUUAUGACCUACGAAGACUUUGUGCUCCAUUUCACCGGCCUCGAUCUGUGCCGGGUCAUCGACGACACCUGGUUCUCGCGGUCGAUGCUCGGAAGCUGGAGCGUGCGCAGCGGGCCGCGCGGGCAGCCGCAGCACAACCCGGCGCUGCAUGUGCGAGUGAGCCUCACAGCAGCCGCAGCGACAUGCGAGGGCGCGAGCGCUGAGCUUCCGUCGGGUCCGCGGGCGUUCUUUGAGUUCUCAGGUGCGUCCGACUCGUCAUUGUCGGCUGUCUCGUCGGAUGACGAGGCCCGGGCCGGGAGCCUGGCGUACGAGGCGCUGCUAGCGGCGCCGGACGCAAUGUAUCUGGUGCUCGCGCAGGACGAUGCGCGGCUGGCGCGUGGAGAGGAGGUCUAUGACAUCUCCAUCGGCUUUGACGUCCUCCUCCUCCCGUCGGAGGAGGCUGUGGCAACGGUUGCCGCCGAUCCACGGCAGCUCGUCACGCUUGGCAAGCGGAUCCACAUCACGCCGUUCUCUAACACCCGCGAGGUGGUGGCGCAGAUCUCUGGGCGUGAGCUGAGGCCAGAGCCCGGGGCGACCGUGGCACACCUGGUCGUCUGUGCGUACACCUGGCGUGGUGGCACUGAGCUUCCAUUCUCGUUCCGGGUCGCAUCGCGGCUCCCAGUCUCGCUCUCGCGGCUCGAGCUAUCAUCGCCAGCUGCCGCGGCGCUCCCGCCACUCGUCACACUCGACCUCCCGUCGCCUGUAGCCGGCGGGAUGUUAUCAGAGGAGUUUGGUCGGGCAAGACGUGCUCCUUCGCUGCUGGAUCUUCCGCCGGCGCUGAGAGAAAAGUGGAUUGCCGCACAUCCCACCGCCACCGCCAUGAUUCUGACAAAGCUCGCUGUUGUGGUUGUCGCUGUGGCGGUGGUCGUCCUCGCUGUCCUUCUCUUCAUGGCCUCAUCGGAUGUGGAUGUUGCUGAGGGUCGCGGUGCGGCUGCGCUCCGCGAUGGUGCGGUGGCUGUGGAGCUGGCAUCGAGCCAGGUGGUGAGCGCGUAUCUCACAUCGGUGCUGCAGAGCCCGGCGCUCAACUCGUCGCUGCCCAACGCCACGCUAGCGCUCAGCGAGACUACCGCGGCUAGUGCGGCCAUCCGGUCGAAGAUGCUGUCGUGGGCACGGAUGACCAAUGCGUGGGACCAGGCACGGACUGCGCUGGUGGUCAUCAUGGCAUGCGUGGUGUUGGGCGUGACGACGUGCCUCUGCUGCGCGGCCGGCUUCAACGCACGGCGGGUGUCGCAGUGCGCAGCUGUGGCUGCGUCAUGGACCACGCUUUUCCUUUGCUGUACCUUGAUGCUCCACAUCACCGGUGCGCUCCUUGUCUCGGACCUGUGCUUCGAGAUGGACACCUCACUGGCAUCUUCCACCGCCGACCGGACACUGUUUGACGAGCUGGUUGGCUGCCGCGGCUCAUUCCCGCAGCUGGAGGCGACCACGUCGCGGGCGCUCGCCCUGGCUUCGGCCGACGUCUGUGAGACCGGUGCGCUGGUGUGUGAGCUGGCAGUCAACGUCUCGACAUCGUUCAUGCCUGCGCCGUGCGUUAACUCGACCAUGCGGUGCUCAAACCCCGAUUCUCCGUCCGAUGUCUCUGUUGACACGGCCGUAGCCGACUACGGUACCGGAAACGGGACGACCGGAUGUGCGGCGGCGGCGUCUUAUCCGCCAAUGCUUCCGCCGAGCCACAGCUACUGCGUCCGCAACACACCGCGCAUCCUGCUCUGUGCGUCGGUGGGAGCCGGAUGUGACUCUCCGCUGACCCAGCACUAUGUCGCGCCGCUAUACGCGGCGCUUGUCACCCGCCGGCUGGUCCGGCUCUCUGUUGUCCCGCUCGUGACGGAGCUCACCAAUUGUACGUUUGUCGGCGACGUGCUCGCGGCGGCGCGCGAUGAUGUGUGCGGGACCCACAAGCCGGCUAUACACCGAACUAUGUAUCUCCUUGCUGGCGUUGUUGCUCUUGUGCUCGUCGAGGCCGGUCUCGGCCUUGCUGGCGUCCGCAACCUGGUGCCGCUCGCCAAGACCCGCCGCCGCGCCACCGCCGCCGCCAUGGCUGGAGCGGUCGGCGCCGGUGCCGCGCUCGCGGGCACUACCGCUGCAUCGCGGCGCGGCUCACUCGCCAGUGCAGAUGGCGGCCGGCAGCCAUCGGACUCGGGGCCGACAAGCAGCCGACGCCGACGGCGGUCAUCCAACGCCGGUGCUAGCGGCAUGACUCCCAUCGCGCCCAUCGACUCGCCGCUCAAGCCACAACAUCGCGGCGUGGCUGCAGCGGCUGCCGCCUCGCCGGGCCUCUCCCGGCCGGGCUCGCUUGCCUCGUUUGUCGAGAACACCCGCGACGAGACCUCAUCGCUUGGCUACUCUUACUCGUACGAUGACGGCAGCUUUAUUUCGUACGAUGACGAGGAUGGGGGGGGCAACGAUUCGCGGCUCAACCUCGCGUCGGCAGCGUCGCAUCGUCCCGCGCCGUUCCUGGCCGACGACGACGAGUCGCCUCCUUCGGCCGGCUCGGAGCCGCCGCGCAAGCAAGGCAGCGGCUUCUCGCGAACUGCGCCUGUCGGCGGCGCAGCUCGGGUGUCGGCGCUCCGCGGCACUGGUCUCGCCUCGGGUGGACUCUCACGGACAAGCUCGCGAUCAGCCGGUGGCGGUCUCGGCUCGGGCAGUCUCUCGCGCUCCGGCUCGCGAUCAGCCGGUGGCGGUCUCGGCUCGGGCGGUCUCUCUCGCGCUGCGUCUCGCGCUGCGCGUGGUGGACUCGGCAGCGGCGGCCUUUCUCGGACCAACUCUCGAUCGGCCGGCGGAGCACUUGGCGGGCGCGGCCGAUCGCCGCUUGCACGCAACACCUCGUACCAGAUGUCUGUCGGCCGGCUGGACGACAUGUAG